AUGUAUCACUCACGUCAAGAAGACAGGAUCAGUGCCUUGCCGGAUGAUUUACUUGUGAGGAUACUGUUGUCUAUCCCGACAGAAGAAGCUGUAUCUACCAUGAUUUUGUCUAAGAGAUGGCGUUUUAUCUGGACGAUGCUGCCCGUACUUACGUACCAAGAAAGGAAAGUAAGUGUUUGGUUGUUUCUUAACAAGUCAAUGGAAUUUCACAAAGCACCUGUCCUCCAAAUACUGUCUAUCCGACUAGGUCCACAUUGUCCUACCGAUGCUGAUGUCGGGAAGUGGGUUGAAAACGCUGUUAAUCGUGGCGUGAGAGAGCUAUUUUUCACGCUACAAUGGUCCGCAGAUCCAACCAGAUUGCCUAAGAGCCUUAACACAUGCAAAACUCUCUUGCAUCUAAGACUCUCCCACAAGAUCCUAGUGGAUUUUCCUACUUCUUCUUGCCUCCCUUCCCUGGAAAGACUCCAACUUUACUAUGUGGUGUAUAAAGACGAGGCUUCUCUAGUUGCGCUCUUAUCUAGCUGCCCCGUUCUUGAGUUACUGUAUGUGAUGCGUAAUGAGGAUGACAACGUUGCCAAGUUUAGUGUGAAAGUGCCUUCUACAAUAACUUUCCACCAAUGA